ACAAUUUGUAGAUGGAAGAUUGGGAAGACCAUGGUCAGUGGCAACCCAAAACUCAAAACUUGGUUCUCGCAACGGUCUCGCGAUUCUCGCCCUCUUCAGCCUCUCCAUAAGCUCUGCAAUUCCGAAAUCAGAGGAAAGCAGUGACCCCUAACCCUAAUUCUAACUCUACAGUUGCCCGUUUUUUCCCGCACAUGUAAUGGGAAAUGGAGCUUGAGGAGAUCGAAGUGGUUCUGGAGAAGAUUUGGGACCUGCACGAUAAGCUUAGCGAUGCCAUCCACUCUAUCUCGAGAUCGCACUUCCUUAAUUCCAUCAAAGCUCAGAAGAAUCCCGACGAUGUUUACUUCUCUCGCAAUUACGACAAGAAGAAGCCUCGUACCGAUGGUGAUGAUGAACGCAACGGAUUUGUGUUCGUGAAAGACUUUCGAGUUGACGAUCACACGGCACUUGCGGAAGCCAAGAGCCUUAAUUCCAUUAGAACUGCGCUCGAGAACCUCGAAGACCAGCUUGAGUUUUUUCAUACUAUACAAUCACAGCAGCAAACUGAAAGAGAUGCUGCAAUUGCACGUUUGGAGCAAAGCCGUAUUGUCCUUGCGAUGAGACUGGCUGAUCACCGAGGUAAAAAAUGCAAAGUUAUUGAAGAAGCUCUGGCUUUUGUUGGAGAUAUAGAAAAUGAAGGUCACUUUGUCUCCCCAGAACAUUUAUUUGGAUCACCUAGAAGCCAAUCCGGUGAAAACAUAGGUCAUGAAGGGAAAAAGCCAAAUAUUGUGAUGCAAGUUCUCGCAUCAAGUUUUGCCUUUGCCAGAAAAUCUCUUAAACUGGAGAGGAUGGGUGGGCUAUUGGGGAACGCUGCUUUAUUCACGGUUAGCAUGCUUGCUUUACUGCAGCUCAAUCAAGUAGCCUUCAAGAAAAAAUUUAUGGUGGAGUUUCCAGAGAUGCAGGAGAAUUCCUUUUAUAGUAAAAGAGACAAGUUUUCUCAGUUGGAGGGUUUGUCACCUAGUAGUCGUGUGAAGCAUUUGGAUGUGUUGGCAGCUAGGGGAUAGGGCUUGAUUAUAUCCAGCUAUACAUGUUCAUGAACAAAUAUCCAUCUUUUGUAAUGAGCAAACAGCCAUCUUGUAAUUUUUCUACCACGGAAAUCCCAAAUUUCUAAUUCCCUUUUCA